GUUUUAGCUUACAAGCUUGACUGUCUGGUGUAUGCUCAAGGUUGGCUGUAAUGUGCUGAGAAGAGUAGUUGUAGGAGCUCAUACUGUACAAAAAGCCACAUUAGCACAGGAGUUUUUCAAGGCCAGCACUGCGGUCAACAAAAACGUUGGAAGAAAGAAACCUAUUGUUGAAAGGUUUACGAAAAAAUCAAAACUGAAGUUGUCCGAAUAUCUCAAGAAUAUGGCUACACCAGAGAUUGAAGCGCAACUUGCACCUUUACGAAUUGCUGUGAAAGAGUAUGGCGAUCUCGUUCGAGAAUUAAAGGCAAAUGGUGCACCAAAAAUCGAUGUUGACAAAGCGGUCGUUGAGCUGAAAGCGAGAAAGAAGAAGCUGGAAGAGACUGAAGUUGCUCUUGCACCGAAAGAAGCCUCUUUCGACCGUUUGAAACUAGAAGAUCUCUUGAAACGACGUUUCUUCUAUGAUCAGUCGUUUUCUAUCUAUGGAGGAGUUACGGGACUGUACGAUUUCGGACCUAUGGGAUGUGCAUUGAAAGCCAACAUGAUCCAGGAAUGGAGAAAGCAUUUCAUUCUGGAGGAAGGGAUGCUUGAAGUAGAUUGUACAUCGCUUACACCUGAGGCCGUAUUGAAAGCUUCUGGCCACGUUGAUCGAUUUGCUGACUGGAUGGUCAAAGACUUGAAGAGUGGUGAAUGUUUCCGCGCCGAUCACUUGAUCAAAAACGCAGCUGAGAAGCUUUUGCAUGACAAGAAAACCGAUGAGGCCACGAAAGAUGCUCUUCAAGAUGUUUUGGCACGUCUAGAGGGAUUUGAUGACAAAGAUAUGCAUGAGGUGAUCACAAAGUUUAAUCUGAAGUCGCCGACCACUGGAAAUGAUCUCACCCCACCAAUUGCAUUCAACCUAAUGUUCCCUACUCAAAUUGGCCCUACUGGGGACUUCAAGGCAUAUUUACGACCUGAAACAGCUCAAGGAAUCUUUGUCAAUUUCAAAAGAUUGCUGGAAUUCAACCAAGGGAAAUUGCCGUUUGCUGCCGCUCAAAUCGGCCUAGGUUUCCGUAACGAGAUCUCUCCGAGACAAGGUCUGAUUCGUGUGAGAGAGUUCACUAUGUGCGAAAUCGAGCAUUUCGUUGAUCCCGGUGAUAAGAGCUUUGCAAAAUUCAAAAGGGUCCACACGUAUCCCAUGCUGUUGUUCUCUGCCUGCAAUCAGAUGGAUGGGCAACCAGCCGAGACAAUGACGAUUGGAGAAGCCGUCGGAAAGGGUAUCGUGGCCAACGAGACGCUGGGCUACUACAUGGCUCGUACUCACAUGUACCUUGUGAAAGUUGGAGUGGAUCCAAGAAGACUACGAUUCAGACAGCAUCUAGGAAAUGAGAUGGCUCACUAUGCGCAGGAUUGCUGGGAUGCAGAGAUUUUGACUAGCUACGGUUGGAUUGAAUGCGUUGGUAAUGCUGACCGUUCCUGCUAUGAUCUUACGCAACAUUCCAAAACCACCAAUGUGAAGCUUACCGCUGAGAAGAAGUUGCCUGAACCAAAGUCUGUAAAUGUUGUGGAGGCGGCGCCCAAUAUGGCCGUAUUAGGUAAAGAAUUCAAGAAGGAUGCCAAGAGGAUACAAGUAGCUCUUGCACAACUGCCCGAGGAUCAAGUAGAAGCUUUGGAGAAAGAGCUGAAGGCCAGUGGCUCAUACAAGCUGAAAGUUGACGCUGAUGAAUUCAAAUUGACUGCAGCUAUGUUAACUGUGAAGAGAACUACGAAAAUGGUCCAUGUCGAGGAGAUCACACCUUCUGUAAUUGAACCUUCGUUUGGUAUAGGGCGAGUAAUGUAUUCAGUUUUGGAACAUGCAUUUAGGCAACGAGAAGGAGAUGAGCAAAGAACGUUCCUUGCACUCCGACCGUUGGUAGCCCCGAUCAAGUGCUCCAUUCUCCCCAUCUCAGCGAAUGAAAGACUUAAUCCGAUUAUCGAAGCAGCACGAGAAGAGCUGGCUCGUUAUGAUCUCACCUACCGUGUGGACGAUAGUGCGGGAUCGAUUGGUCGACGAUAUGCUAGAACUGAUGAAAUUGGCAUUCCAUUUGGAGUGACAGUAGAUUUUGAGUCUGAGAAAUUACCAUGGACAGUAACUUUGAGACAUGCUGAAAGUAUGGAACAAAUCCGAUUAAAUCUGGAUGAGCUAGGAGCCGUGGUUUCUGCGCUAGUCACUGAGAAGAUGCAGUGGACCGAGGCACAACAGAAAUAUCCAAAGUUUGAAGCGAAGAGUGAAUAGCUGGAUUUAGCGGCACUGUCUGAAUGGCUUUGAUGCUAAGAAUAAUCAUUACUAUUGUUAAUUGUGGAAGAACUGCUUUUGUUGUUGGUGAAGUCUGAGUUGAUUCCCGAUCUUUGUUGAAGUUCAUAUGGUUCCCUAUGGUUGGUUGGUCUUGAUAAAUAUUUAUGGAUUUUUCAAAGAUAGGCUACAGGUUAACAAAUCCUGAACGUCUGCUCAGAAAC